GGACAGAGGGUCUAUUUUAGUGAGCCAUUCACAUGAGAGUUUGAAUGCAUAAAUCUUUCACUAUUAACCAUAAAGUGCUUUUUCCUUCCCCGCUCACCACUGUUGUUGCCCUCGCUGAUUUCCUCAUCUUCAAGGUACUGUAAGCUGCAGACAUGUCUGAGGGACCGAGAAAGCCAAAAUAUUCAGCAACACGCCGGCUGCAUUUGAAGUCGAAACUGCUGAAGAAGGCAGCUUCUAUGCUGGUGGCUGAAAGUGCAGAGAAGGAACACGAGAAGGAAAGAGUUGUGAAUGAGAGCUUCCCUCCACUGAAGCUGUCAGGCCUGUCUGUCCAGGAGCUCCAGGACCUCUGCAAAGACCUACAUCGUAAGAUUGAUGUCGUAGAUGAAGCACGUUAUGAUAUGGAGAUUAAAGUAGCCAAAAAUGACAAAGAGAUCCAGACACUGAAUCAGAAAAUCAUUGAGCUGAAGGGCGUAAAGAGGCCCAACUUGAAGAGGGUGAAGAAAACUACAGACGACAUGCUGGGUGCAUGCACCGACAGCUCCAAACUCAUGAAGGCUGAUUUCAAGGCCAACCUAAAGACAGUGAAGAAGGAGGAUGAAAAGAGGGAAGAAGUGACUGACUGGCGUAAGAAUGUGGAGGCCAUGUCUGGAAUGGAGGGCAGGAAGAAGCUGUUUAAUGCAGGACAAUAAAAAGGUUCUUGUCUGCAACAAGGCUAUGUUUGCAACAUAUCUUUCCUAAAGUAAACUGUAAGUUUACGAUGUUCAAGUUUUGUUUUUAAAUUCCUCUUCAUCUUUAUUUCAGCAUUAAAUUCAAGAAGGUUUCCACUGCAGGAUGAAAUAAAACUGAUUUUGUAAAGAAUAAUCAACCAUAGGCACUUGUAAAAGAUAAAAAAAAUGCAUUUUUUAGAUUAUACUGUAUCAAAAUAGUUUUAUUCUAGCUCUACUAUAAACUGUACAGUACCCUUUGCAUAUUGAGAGAGUGUUAUAGAAAAGGCUGAUAAGCUUCAUGAGUUUGUCUGUAGUGCAGUAUUUGUAUUACACAGAUGAUGGCGCUGUCUCACUAUCUGUAAUACAUGUGAUACUCAUUAAACAACCAU